UAUAAAAACGGAGGGAAAAUCAGCCUAGCUGAACAAUGCUCAUCGGACGCCUGAGGAUCGGAAUUCCAAAAUGGUGCUGCUUUGCUUCGUCUUGGAUCUCCGAUGCAUAUCGCCUCCGCUUCUUCGCGAUUUGAAGCAGUCACUUUUGCAGAUAGCCAAUUUCUUCGCAAUAUCUUCUUUUUCGGCUAGAAAUGGUAGUCUAUUGAAACAGAAACCACUGCUUGAUCGUAUCGGACUGUGCUACGUUUUCAGAAAUCGAUUUUCAUGCACCAAUGAGCUGAAGGUGGCUUAUAGUCCUAGAGGCAACUUCAAUCUCCGUGAUUUCCACCAUGCAGUUAAUAGUCUUCCUAUUGAUGCCUUUGCUCCAGAUUUCAACAGUUCAACGUCUUUUUGUGGUGCUGACAUGAAACUUGCAGAUGUUCUAAGUGACAAAGUUCUGUAUUCAUGGGGAAGUCAAGAAAAAGACAUCACAAAAAAAGUUGUGUUGAUAAGCUCAUGUGUAGUUGAAAGUCUAGACUCCGUAACUAGAAGGGCACUAAUGGAUGCAGCAGAUAGGUGUGUUUCUGUGGAGUUUGUUUUCCUGGAACAAACCUCAAGUAACCUUGCUGAUAUUCCCGGAAUUAUUAACAAUUUCCUGAAGGAGAUUGGUGAUCUCGAGAAUUGCUUGUUCCAACACCGAAUUCCAGAUGCGCGUGUAUUUUUUAGUCUGGUGACGAAGUGGAGCCAGGAGUUGAAGGAUGACAUGGAAGAUCCAUUACAGGCUCGUUUUAUCUUCAAGACCAAUCUUGUUGGCUCUUCUAACCAGAUAUUGUGUAAUAUGUCCACACCUCUCAAUCAAAUAAUAGACGAAUUCUCUCCCUGCGAGACUUGCAGGUGUCAUGGCAUCCCCUUAGAAGACUCAAAGAAGAAAGAGACCAAUGUUAACUCUUUUUGUCCAGUCACAGGGGAUGAUCUCGGAAGAUUAAAUGUGAUUGAAAAUUCCGUAAAGAUUGGAGAAAAUAUAGUCCUGUACCUGCCUUCUUUUCAAUGCUGCCUGGAGAUCCCACAAAGUUCAUCACCGGUUGAAUUCAAUGUCAUUGAAAGAACCAAUUUGCAGUCACUUGAUGAAGGGAUCAUUUUUGGUUCUUCAUUGGCCAUCUCUCCAGCUUUUCUUGACUCAGACGAGACUGAGAAAUCAGAGCUGAACUGUAAAGUUUUUCAAGUGAUCAGUGGUUUAUUGAAUUCCCUUGACCAGGGUAUAGUUUGCUCUUCAAAUUAUAACAUUGAUACUGCGAGGAAAACUUCCUUCCUGUGCUAUUAUCUACUUUUACCAUCGGAGAAAGGAAUUAUGCUUCUUAAACGGCUUGCUGGAUCAGAGGAAAUCUUGCCAGCUCCUGAAGUUAUGCCUUUCUCCCAUGUGAAGGUAGCAGAUGAUAUUGAAAAUUCUGUUCAAGCAUCUUUGUUUAAGAUGGAAGUAAGCGACUAUGAUCCAUUUCAUCAUGAGAGAGGCUUUCACAAAAAACUGAACUGUCUUGUGAAAGAAAGCUUGCAAUUUGGGGCAAUACCUCUCAAGCAUAAAGAUGUCAUAGCAACUGUGUUACACUCCCCCCAACAAGAUUCUCCAGCAGAGGCUUCACAGUUCACACAGUCAACUGAGGGAGAAUUGCUGGAAGAAAAUCUAUUAGUUUUCGACAUGGAAGCUGGAGACAUAAACAGCGAGCUAGUUGCAGAAGAAUGGGAAAAACUAAUUGUAACCGAGGAACCCAAAAUGUGUUCUCCCAAGUGUAACCCUAAACCAAAGCUUGAGCCAUUGAUUCUGUCUGCGCCACAGGCUUCUAGUUCUAGACAAGUAGACGAGAAAACGUCUCGAAUCCUAGAGAGACUGGAGAUUCCCAAGCAGCUCAAAAGGAAAACAGCUUCUCCUGUGACAUCAUGCAGUGUUCCUAUUAUUAUUGAUCCAUUUGGGGUGAUUAAGAAGCCUCUCGUUCCAUAUAGAUCUUCGGUCGGGAAGGACAUAACCUUAAGCCAGCCAAUAAAGCCCAACUUCCAGAAACACAGAAGGAAGAAAUGACACAUGCCAGGUUCUGGCUGACCUCUUCUCUUUGCAUCUUCUGAAUCAGUACUUCACACACCCACACACAGUUAUUGAUAGAUUGAUCAUGUUUUGGAAAUUGCAUUUCAUAGAAUGAAUUUAAGUGCACGUG